AUCAACACACAACACAUUUCAAACAUUGCUGUUCGCAGUUGGAUUUUCCGAAAUAACAUUGAAUUAGGCUUGAUUAUGAAUCGCAUACGUUGUGACUUAGAAAAUAAAUUAUCUAAACAAACUUUUAUACAUGUAUGCUGUGAAUCUGGCUCCUUCAGCGAAUGUUGUUUAUGGUUGUCUUGGUUACACGGUGCAACCAACUGUGGGAGUGGAAAAAAAUGAACUGGACUGAUUCGGUGGUUUCAGGAUGUCAUCAAAGAAGACAAGCGAGUCAAAGAGCCAGCAGGACGCAGGUGUCUCGGCUGAGAGCGAUGGACAGGAUGAGAGACAGAUGCUGUUACACAGAGAAUAUGAGACCCUAACUGAGAACCUAAGCACACUGAAGAGGAGAGUUGAACAAAAACGAAAAGAAAAUGAGUUUCUUCAGAAUGAGAUAGCUCAGAGCCGUAUCGAAAGUAAAGAGUACAUGUCAUAUAUGUCUAAAAGAGCAGAGAAGAGGCAGAAUGCAAUAUUGAAUUUGAGUGAUCAGAGCCAUAAGGAACUUGAGGAGCUGCAGAGACAGAGACAGAACAUGCAGGAUAAACAUGAGGAGCAGGCCAAUGAGUUGCAGAUGGCGAUCCUGCAGAUGGAAAAUCAGCUGGCCCUGCUAAAUAGUGAAAUUGCAGACCUGAAAGAGGUUAAGACUCUACAACAGCAGCAGUCAUGUCGUAUCACUGAGCUGGGGAAGGAGUUGACUACCAUGCAGUGUCAUCAUUCAGAGUCUCUGGUGGCUCUCAAGGCUGACUUCAUUAAAAAGAAGAAGAGCUGUGAGCAGCAGGCAGAAGACACUGUGCAUGCUCUUACUAUCUCAGCCAACAAGGAGGCAUCUCACUCCCUGAUGUCCUAUAUAAAUAAAGUUUUUCAGGAGAAAAAAAGCCUGCAUGAGGAGUAUAAAUUACUUUUCCAGAGAGCUCAAGCUCUACAAAAACAGCAGGACGCUCUACAGACUCAUCGACAGCAACUGCUGCUGGAGCAAAAGUGUACGCAGAAGAUUCAUGCCCAACGUAUUUCCCUACGCUCAAAAUACGCAAACAAUAACGAACACCCCCAGAGUGACCACCAGUAACCGACAAUAACUGGAGCCAGUUCAGUUACAACAGUUGCAUUCAAUAAACAUACGAAGAUUAUUGUAUGACUUUAGAAGUGAGAAAAAAUCUUGCUUAUUGACCUCUUUACUAUCUCAGCAGUUUGCGAUAUAGAAAGAGCAACGGCUGGUCCAAUAUUUUGAAAAUGAAUAUGUCAGAAAUGCAUUUACAAAGAGAUGUGUCAACUGACAACAGUUCAGGUGGUGCUCUUCUCUCAAAUCUUGUUAAAUUUCUCAAAUUAUUUGUAUAUACACGUGAUACGAUUUUUUAAAUAGUUACUAAAACAGUUAAAACAUUUUUCAAAUUGUCUUUUUUUUCUGUUAUGCUAAAGAAAGUCAUGCACAGAGG